GCGGCUGACUUGAUAAGCGUGGGUUGUGUUGUGACAGACUCUUUCUCUUGUAGGAGAAAGACUGAGCUGCUGAAUGACUGACUGACUGAGCCAAGCCAUGUGGAGUGCGAGAAGCAGAUUUCUAAUCGUCCUGCUGUUCUCGACUGCUUUUACGAUCGAUCUGCUCUUCAACAUCUUACCGAAGUUACAGCAGCGGUCGAUCCGGAACCUGCGCUGCCCGUGUGAGGAGGGGUCGUUUAAUAGCAGCGCCGUGCUGCGGGGCUCCCCGGCUCUCGACACAACUCUCUCCAAACUCCGCAAACUCCUCUCGCACCCUUUGUACCGGGAGCAGAACCUAGUCCGGACACCUGGGGACCUCCUCUUAGAAAAGGACGAUGUUGUGAAAUAUUGCAAAUACAAAGCUAAAGUGGCGAAUGGGAGAAGAGCACGAAGAGGGGAUGUGACGCAUACACAUUACCACUCCCAAGUUUACCUGGCUUCUAAUUGGCUGAAGUUUCACUUAGCAAUUGAUCGCUAUGCACUGUACCCUCGAUCGGAACCAUUUAUUGAUCACCUGCUUGAAGACCUGGCUGUUGUUGACAUCAGUGAAGUUGAUUACACGUACGAUGAAAAGGCUUUGAAUGGGAGAUGCAAUUGUAAAGAAGUUGUGAAGCCAAGUGGGGUUCAUCUGAAACUACUCCUAAAAUUUCAGAACUUCGGCAAAGCGAUAUUCAAGCCUAUGAAGCAGAAACGAGAAGAGGAAACUCCAGCAGAUGUGUUUUAUUUUGUUGACUUUCAAAGGCAUAAUGCUGAAAUAGCUGCUUUUCACCUGGACAGAAUUCUUGAUUUCCGGCGUGUUCCACCAGUGGCUGGCCGAAAGCUUAACCUAAGUAGAGAAAUCCAAGACCUGACUAGAAAUGAAGAUUUGAAAGCCACUUUUUUCAUCUCACCAGAGAACAAUGUGUGUUUCUUUGCAAGAUGUCUGUACUCAUGUAAAACAGAGUAUGCAGUCUGUGGGAAACCUCACCUACUGGAAGGGUCAGUGUCUGCCUUUCUGCCUGACCUGUACAUUGCCCAGCGGGAACUCAUUGAGAACCCGUGGAGCAGAUCCUACACGUUCACUGUUAAAAAAGAGUGGGAAACCAAUCCAAGUUACUGUGACAAGAUCAAACGUACUCCUCCUUACAACACAGGUAGCAGAUUAUUGAAUGUUAUCGAUAUGGCGAUAUUUGACUUUUUAACAGGAAAUAUGGAUCGACAUCACUUUGAGGUCUUCAAGAAGUUUGGAAAGGACAGCUACAUCAUCCACUUUGACAAUGCCAGAGGGUUUGGGAAACACUCACAUGAUGAACUCUCCAUACUUGCCCCUCUGAUUCAGUGCUGCAGAAUAAAGAAGUCAACACUCUUACGCUUGAAGCUCUUGUCACAGCCAGAUUAUCGUUUAAGUGAUGUUAUGCGGGAAUCCUUGCUUCAUGAUGCUCUCAGUCCAGUAUUGACAGAGCCUCACCUCCUUGCCCUUGAUAGACGGCUGCAGGCCGUGCUGAAUGCAGUCCAGAAAUGUUUGCAGCACCGCGGAGUCGAUAACGUGAUCAAGGACGAUGUGGGAGAUGAGUUUGACUACAUGGAUUUUAACAGCAGUGCAGUGGCCAGGUAACUGGCCCACUCACGUCUUGUCCAUAUGCACAAGGAGAGUGAACGAUAAAUAGGAAGGAAUGGAAACACCGUUGAGAAUUGAAUUCUCCCCACAUUUAAAAGGCAAACUUUCAGUUGAUGUGGUAGAUUUUGUUUUUGUUUGUGUCACUUUCGAUUAUUUCCGAAGAUGCACUUCUGUUGACUGACACGUGGUAAUAUUUAAGACUGCACAAUUUUGUCCAUCUCUGUAGCCUGGCUUCCAAAAGUGGUUGCUCAGAAUACGAAGUGUGGAACUUUCUCAAAAUUAUUUGGAUUUGCUGCUGAAGAUUCACAGAUUCAUUUUUAGUUGUCUGAGCCAAUAGAUGGAGCACCAGCUCAUUGGUUCAUUACUGCACUAAACUGGGUGAGGAAAUCACACUGCCCAUCUCACCCGGCUAUAGGAGCCUCUGCUGCUCCAGAUUGGGCACUUUGACAGUGAAUUUCAUUCUGCCCACUAUAACUUUUUAGAUGGGGCUGUCACACUUUGUUAAUUACGAACCUGUUAUAAGGGAGAGGGGGGUGGGGGCGGAACAUGAUUACAGCUUUAGUCCUGCCAUUUGCUUUGCACUGUUAAACAUUUAUUGGAAACCUGGUGGCCUUAAAAAAACUAACAGGGUAGUAAUUAAUUAUUGGGCAGUUAGCCUGGUAUACCAGGUGCCAGAUUAUUCAUUGGGAGGCCCAUUCCAUUUUGACAGCAGUUGCUUAGCGGAUUGUAUGAUCUGCCCACCAGAGGUCAGUGUAACAGUCACUGAGAUUUACUGAACAGAGUGUACGUGGUGCAAGCCUGUACCCAGUAAAUGCUCAGCACUACGCUGGGGUUCUAUGUACACUAUAAAAUCCUGAUUUACAUCAGUUAAUGAGAUAACCCAAUCAGCAUGUUUGGGGAGGUCCACGUUAAAACAGUGGGGGUGCUCCAGGGCAUGGCCAGGCUGGAUAUAAAGAGGUCCAGGGAGCGGGCUGUGGCAGGAGUUAUCCUUGCUGCCUGUCUGACUCUGUUCCAUGGUUAUGUUUGUGCCUGGCUGUCCUUGGAGAGGGAGCAUGUGGUAUCCAUCAAUGCUGUCGAUGCCUUUAGAGAGAGGUGGGCACUGCGGAUAUACAGUGCUUUAUUUCCCCCUCCAACUCCAUUUUGUUUUAGUCCCUUCCUGCUUUCCCUACCCCUCACCUUUGAUGGUUUGCAUUGCCAUAAUGGGCUUUGCAUGUAAAUACUAAAUUGGAUACAUGAGUGCUUUUACCAGUGGUGAUUUCUAUUAAAACAAAACUAAAAUAGUUGGGGAGCAGGAAUGAGUGGUUACUGCUAGGGUUGACUACCUUCAUUUUAACACUGCCACUAGCUGGAAUGAAACUCACUGUAAUAAUUCCCACAUCGGGACUCACAGAAGCAAGUGGGAAAACAGACCGAGAGACCUGGGUUCAAGUCUCACCUGUUCCAGGGGAGUCUAAUAACAUCUCUGAACAGGUUGAUUAGAAAAAUAGGUUAGAUUUUUUAAAAUAAGUUUUAUAUAUCAGAGUGCAAACUGGACUUUGAAAUUUUAGAAAUUUUGGGACACCCCACUCAGAACAAAAUGGCCUCUUGCCUCUGUAACCAGAUGGGCGACAACACUCAUUUAAUUUAGUUUGUGUGUACUUAUCUGUGUAAAAGUUUUGUGUCACGUCUGCAAAUGCCACAUCUUAGUCCUUUUACAAGUCUCAAAUAAUCAUCAUCUCCACUUAAUUUAGUACUUGCUGACAACUCAGAUAUUCUGACAGUAAAUACUCACUUUGCUGUGUCAGUUUUGUGGUUUCAUUCAAACUAUCAGAUAACUCAAAUUUUGUUGAGCAGAUAAAUGAGUUAGAAUUGUAAAGGAGGAAGUAACAGCAAAGAACGUGCUAAAUGCUGUUCCCUACCACUUGACUAGAGGUGAGGUUAUGGAGUUGAAACAGUUGUAUGGCAAUUUCUAACAUAUUUUAUUAAAGAAGGGAAAGGAAUUCA